AUGCCAUCAUUUCUAACAAACACUCUGCCCUGGCAUGAGGGUGAGAAGAAACUACACCACUUGCUUCAAGUCCCUUACUUCGACAAUCCGGCUACCCCAUACCUGAGUCCGAGAGCUGAAUUUCUUGUUCAACAAUCACAGCUGCUUGCCGUGGGUACAGUGGAUUCCCAAGGUCGGCCAUGGUCAACGAUAUGGGGCGGCACAGCGGGCUUUAUAACACCACUUGCCGAAUCGCGAAUCGGGCUUCAGACACAAGUGGACAGCCAAUACGACCCUGUUGUGCAGGCAUUGUUGACCGGCAAUCAAACUGAUGCAUACGCAGGGAAACUACUUUCGGGCCUGGCAAUCGACUUGGAGGAUCGUCGGAGAGUGAAGCUAUGUGGCAGGAUGGUGACGGGCUCACUUUCAGACGUGGACCCAGGAGAGGCACAGUUGGUUGUCCACAUUGAAGAGAGCAUGGGGAACUGUCCCAAAUACAUCAACAAGAAGCAUAUCGUGCCUGCCAAGUCUGAUCCCAAGUUGAUCUCCGAUGCGCCGCAGUUGUGUCUUCCUGCAGUUGAGCUGCUCUCUCGUGCGGAUAUGAUCUUUCUAUCCUCUUCUCAUCGAGCACGAACCAUGGAUACAAAUAUCCGUGGUGGUCCGCCCGGAUUCAUGCGUGUUGAAUCCAACAAUGCUAGCGGUGCUGUUCUUGUGUAUCCCGAGUACUCGGGGAAUAAAGUCUACCAAACGCUAGGGAAUUUAGAAACCACCCCGCGGGCGGGGUUCGUCGUUCCUGAUUUCGACAGCGGCAACGUCCUUUACUUCACCGGUUCGACCGAGAUCCUCGUGGGAAAAGACGCAGCCGCAGUCAUACCAAGGUCGAACCUCGCCGUGCGAAUCACCGUUACUGCUGCACUCUUUGUUGAAACUGGGUUGGGAUUUCGUGGUGAGGCCGGAGAUCCUUCUCCGUACCUUCCUAGCUUGCGAUAUCACGUCAACGAGAAACAAAUCCCUGGCACCCAACAUGGCAGUGAUUCCGACUCAGUGGCAACUCUCGUCACAAAAGAAAGCCUCACCCCUUCCAUCCACCGGUAUCGGUUCCGUGUUUCCGGCCGCAAACCAAUUUCGUGGAGUGCGGGACAGUAUGUCACACUGUCUUUUGAAGACGAGCUGAGUAUGGGGUAUAGCCACAUGCGAGAUGACGAUCCGACCAGUCUCAACGAUGAUUAUGUUCGAACCUUUACCGUGUCUUCGUAUCCCGGUCGCGAGAUACCUGCGGAUCAAUUCGAGAUCAUGGUCCGGCAACAUGGCCCCGUUACGAAAUAUCUGUCCCAAGUCAAUGAGCGGGCCGGGCUAGAAAUACCCCUCAAGGGUUUCGGGGGAAACUUCAAUAUGUCCACGGGAAAGUCCAUCGUCCCCUACGUGGCGGGCGGCAUCGGCAUCACACCCCUUCUCGCACAACUUCCAGAGUUGGAUAUCUCCAAGCUGCGAUUAUUCUGGUCAAUUCCGUUCAAUGAUCUGGGGCUGGUGCAAGAUGUGUUCCAGCGGUGGCCCCAGUUGCCCCUGUCAACCACUUUGUUCAUCACAAAUGUGGAGCUCGAUGGAGCCGAUCGGCAGAUGUGGGACGCAAUUCAAUCGUCUGGGGUGCAAAUGAUACGACGACGUAUGCAGGCCGGGGACUUGGACCUUGCGCUAGCAGAUGUUUGGUACCUCUGCUCCGGGGUUGCGUUGAAGGGGAUGGUUUUAAAUUGGCUGGUGGGAAAAACGGUGAUUUAUGAAGAUUUCAACUAUUGA